AUGGGCUCCAAAGCUAAUGAUCUCCACGUGCUUUUCUUCCCUUUCUUGGCGCAGGGUCACAUGCUCCCCUUGGUGGACAUGGCUAAGCUGUUUGUAACCUUUGGUGCUCGCAUCACAAUCCUUAACCCUUUCAAUGCCGCCAUCAUCCGCCCAACUAUCGAUGACUCUGUCCAUCUCCACAUCAUCCCCUUUCCCUCCUUAGAAUUCGGCCUCCCCGAGGGUAAAGAGAUACUGGAGUUGGAGCCAAGCUAUGGGAUAGUGAUGAAUAGCUUCUAUGAGUUGGAGCCAGAGUAUGUUGAUCACCAUCGUGAGGUGAUGGGUAGAAGCGUGUGGAAUGUUGGCCCUAUUUUGCUUUGUAACCGUGAGGUGAUCUAUACGUUACCAAGGGGUGGGGAGCAGACAAUCAUUGAUUAUGCGUGCUUAAAAUGGCUUGAUAAAAAACCAAAGGGCUCGGUCGUGUACAUGUGCUUUGGUAGUGGGGGCCUUUUCUCUGUGUCUCAAUUGAGAGAAAUGGCGCUUGGGCUUGAAGCGUCAAAGCAUUCAUUUAUUUGGGCUGUGCGAAAUGGGGACAAUGAUUGGGUUCCAGAGGGGUAUGAGGAGAGAAUUAAAGGGAGGGGGAUGGUGACAAGAGAAUGGGCUCCACAACUAUUGAUAUUGAAUCAUAUUGCAGUUGGGGCAUUUGUGACUCAUUGUGGGUGAAAUUCUAGUUUGGAGGGGAUUUGUGCUGGCUUGCCGAUGGUCACAUGGCCUUUAUAUGCUGAACAAUUUUAUAAUGAGAAGUUUUUGGUGGAUAUUUUGAAGGUUGGGGUCUCACAAGAAGUGGGGUCCAAAGUGUAUGAUUUUAAUCCAGAGACCAGGCCAAUUCUCGAGACCUCUAGAAUAGAGGCUGCAAUAAGGAAUUUGAUGGGGGAAGGAGAGGAGGCAGAUGAGAGAAGGAGGAGGGCAAAGAUUCUUGGGAAAAAUGCAAGGAGAGCUAUCGAGAAGGGAGGAUCUUCAUAUAAUGGUAUUGAAAAAUUGAUGCAAGAGUUGAUAAAUCGGAGAAAGCAUGUGUAG